CUCUUUCCGUCAAACGCCACGACGCACGCCAACGUGACUACGUCAUUGAUACGUCUACGUAGAAAAAACAUGGCUGCCUCUUGUAUGGACUAAAUCUUUCUCGAAUUUAUACUUUGACGAUGUCAUCAACCGACACACAGCAAGUGACAAUGCCCGACGUUCUGAAGACGGAGGCGAUCCCUGAGGAUCCAAAUAAACAGAAAAUGUCCGAACUCCCCGAAAAUGACAAUAAGCCUGUGCUUCUGAUAAAAGACAAGAAAACAGCGACUCAAAAGAAGAAGAAGAAGAAGCAAGAGUUUCCGAGAAGGAAGAAGAAGAAGCCAAGUGAUCCCGGAAAGCCAGUUCCAUUAAACCUGAACGACGAGGUGGUGAGGAUGAGGAAGGAGGUGAAAAGGGUGAGGGCGCUGGUCAUCAGGAAGUUGACGAGGCAGAUGGCAGGUCUGAAGAAAAAGAAGGGGAAGGAGGAAGAUCUGGAGAGGAACCGGAGGAGGGUCGGCAGACUGCUGGAAGAAAUCCAUGCGAUGAAGACACUCAAACCUGAUCCGGUGACCAAGGCUGCCCUCCAGAAGAACCUGAGUUUUGAGUUUGUCUGUAAGAACCCAAAGGCCACAAUUUCUGACCGAGCUGUAGCCCGUAUCGCCACUCACCCUCAGUUCAGCAAGAAGAUAGACACCAUCAAAGCUGCCAUUAAAGCCUUCAAGGAUGAGAGAAUGUCAGUAGAGAAAGGAGACAAGAAGGAAACGGUUAGAAAGCAGCCUUUAAAAGUGGUAGAGGUGAUCGAGCAGCCGAGGGACAGUGAUGGAGGAGGAGGGGUGGAAGGUGAAGAGGGAGAUGAAGAAGAGAUGGAUGAGGAGGAAGAUGGAACACCCGCUGAUGAGGAGGAAGAUGGAACACCCGCGGAUGAGAAGGAAGGUGGAACACCCGCGGAUGAGGAGGAAGGUGGAACACCCGCGGAUGAGAAGGAAGAUGGAACGCCCACGGAUGAGAAGGAAGAUGGAACACCCGCGGAUGAGGAGGAAGGUGGAACACCCGCGGAUGAGGAGGAAGGUGGAACACCCGCGGAUGAGGAGGAAGGUGGAACACCCGCGGAUGAGGAGGAAGGUGGAACACCCGCUGAUGAGGAGGAAGGUGGAACACCCGCUGAGAGUCUAACGGUAGAGAAUAAAGAAUCGGCCAUAGAGAAUACAGUAGCUGACCCUCAGCCCACGGAGACUCUGAUGGACUCAUCCACUCCAUUCACAAUAGAGGCCCCACAGGUAGUACCUACAAAGAACAUAGUAACCAUGAAAAACACACCACAGAAGCAAGUAGUCCGGAAACUCACAAAGGACACUCCAGCCACUCAGAAGACUCAACACCCCAAACUCCAGAAAGUCACGAAACCUCAGAAUAAAGAUGUUAAAAACAAGCAGGAUGAUGAAGAGGAUUCUGAUGAUGAUGAAGAGGAGAGCGACUUGGAGUCUUCGGACGACGAGAAGGAGUAUUUUGACGACAGCACGGAGGAGCGUUUCCGUAAGCAGUCCUCCCAGUCGGAUGAAAGCGACAACGAUGAUUUCUUCCUGGGGAAAGUCAACAAGUUCAAAAAGAAGAGCGAUACGACUACAGCGCCACCAGGUGGAGGGGAGGGGAAGAGCAGCGAACUGGGGAAAAACCCACUGCUGGAACCACUGGAGAGCUUAAACCCACACCAGACUGAACUGGAUGAGCUGGAGGCCAGACUGAACUCCAAGGGGAAGUCUAUCUUCUGCUCCAGUCUGUCUGGUUCCAGAGGUAGGGGUAGAGGCGGAGGUAGGGGUAGAGGCGGAGGCAGGGGUAGAGGUGCAGGCAGGGGUAUGGGCCGAGGAGGGGGUAGGGGAGGGGACUUCAAGGACCGUGGAAGAGGGGGAGAUGAUGGCCCGUCUCGGGGUCCUGGGUCACAUGAUGGGGGUUCUGGGAGGGGAAGGGGAGACUUUGGGAGGCAACGGGAAGGCAGAGGGUUCUCCUCCACCCCUUCAUCUCAGCCACCACAACAGGCCCUGCACCCGUCAUGGGAAGCCAGUAAGAGGAGGAAGGAGCAGCAGACCGUAGUAGUGGCCUUCCAGGGAAAGAAGAUCAAAUUUGAUGAUUGAGCUAAGGCCGGCGAUAUGGCCAAAAUGUAUCACAAUAUUUUUGUCAGUAUUUUAUGUUUUUACAUAAUAAAAGUUAUCCAUUUUG